CCUCAACAACUUACUAUGGAGCAACCUCAACAUGUUACUAUGGACCAACCCCAACAACUUACUAUGGACCAACCUCAACAUGUAACUAUGGAUCAACCUCAGUAUGUUACAAUGAACCAUACUCAGCAUGUUACUAUGGACCAACCUCAACACGUAACUAUGGACCAACCUCAGCAUGUUACUAUAGACCAACCUCAUCAACUUACUAUGGACCAACCUCAACAACUUACUAUGGACCAACCUCAACAUGUUACUAUAGACCAACCUCAACAACUUACUAUGAACAAACCUCAACAACUUCCUUUGGACCAACCUCAACAUGUUACUAUGGACCAACCUCAACAACUUUCUAUGAAAAAACCCCAACAACUUACUAUGGACCAACCUCAGCAUAUUACUAGAGGCCAACCUCAACAACUUACUAUUGACCAACCUCAACAACUUACUAUGGACCAACCUCAGCAUAUUACUAUAGACCAACCUCAACAACUUAAUAUGGACCAACCUCAACAUGUUACUAUGGAUCAACCUCAACAUGUUACUAUGGACCAACCUCAACAACUUACUAUGAACAAACCUCAACAACUUACUAUGAACCAACCUCAACAACUUACUAUGGCCCAACCUCAACAACUUACUAUGGCCCAACCUCAACAUGUUACUAUGGACCAACCUCAACAACUUACUAUGGACAAACCUCAACAAUUUACUAUGGACCAACCUCAACAACUUACUAUGGACCAACCUCAACAACUUACUAUGGACAAACCUCAACAACUUACUAUGAACCAACCUCAACAACUUACUAUGGACCAACCUCAACAACUUACUAUGAACCAACCUCAACAACUUACUAUGACCCAACCUCAACAACUUACUAUACACCAACCGCAACAUGUUACUAUGGACCAACAUCAACAUGUUACUAUGAACCAACCUCAACAACUUACUAUGAACAAACCUCAACAACUUACUAUGACCAAACCUCAA